AUGGCGGCCAUGGAGGAGCUGGAGAUUCAUAGCAAGUCCUACUUUGUGCGAUGGAUCAAUGUCGGCGCCAACCAGACCAUCUCGUGGAGCAUUCAACCUCACAAGAAAUCCGUCAACUUUGGCCUCUUCAAACACCCCGGUCAAUCCAGCUUGGCUUCACAAUUACCCGCCUCCGAUUCUCAGAGCACCGCCUCCACGGACAACCUCCCCGCGGCCGGCGCCCGCAAUCAACCCUCCGCCGUGAUCGAGAAACUGACAGCCAUUGGUCUCAAACAGAUCAAGUGGGUGGGAAAAUGUGAGGCCGACCGCAUCUCCCAGGGCACGUACGAUGUGCCCGCUCACGAGGCGGGGAAUUACGCCCUCGUCUUCGACAAUACUUUCUCCAAACAGAUCUCCAAGACCGUCACCCUGGUCCUACUGACGUAUCCGACGGGCAUGCAUCCGCAGGGGUCUGCGCCACCCUCCAUCGCGCGCUCCCACGCAGGCGGCUCGUCGGAUUCUCUGCCCCAGCCUCGGACGCGGGGCCGCAGCAAAUCCACCCUGAGCGCGCAGGUGUCGGACUCAUCGAUGCACUCGGGGAUCUUGCAAAAGCGUCGGCGCAAGAAGCACCAGGGGUGGGCGCGUCGCUUCUUCUCGCUGGACUUUACCUCGUCGACCUUGUCCUAUUACCAUGACCCCAACUCCUCGGCUCUGCGCGGUGCCAUUCCGCUCUCGCUCGCGGCCGUGGCUACGAACGAGAAGUCCCGGGAGAUCUCAAUUGAUUCGGGCACGGAAAUCUGGCACCUGCGUGCAAGCACCGACCCGGACUUUGAGGCUUGGAAGAGCGCGCUGGAGAAGGCGUCGUCAAAGGAUACACCGCGGCCGAGUGAACUCUCCGUGGCCGGGACAAGAGCGGGAGCGGGCGUGCUCCCACAGCUUCGUCUGUCGACUCCAGGGUACCCCUCGCCCGCGGAGGAGGCUGAGUGGAGCCAGGUGGAAAAGUUGGUGAGCAAGGUCUCGGGCUCGCGAGAUGCAGUGCGUCGUCUCGCCAGAGACACCGAUCCCAAGUACAUGGCAGCUCCGUCGCCAGCUCCGAUUGAAUCUCGAAAUCGAGGCCGAUCACCCAGUCCCCAGCCAGGGGCUGGAGCUGGAACACAGGACUCGUCGGGCCCGGAUCCCAAACGGCCAUUCUGGAAGCGCAAGACAAGCGGGAACUCACAGGUUGGUGCCAAAAAGCCAGCUGGUUCCGAACAGACCAAUUCCGGUUCCAAUACCUCUCAGUUGGUGGUGCCCAAGCCCGAGGCAAAUGGCCGACCUGCCAGCAUCACCAGCCAUGCAGACGGAAUGGAUGAGAUUCAUGAUCAUCUCAUGGCUGUCCUGCGCGAUCUCGACCAAGCUGUGUCCGAGUUCUCCACCCUGAUAGCAGAAAGCAAGCAGCGUCGAUGUCCACCGCGGCCCACCUUUGCCUCGCGAAAGAGCAUGGAAUCGGAUAUCUCGCAGGAAUUCUUUGACGCCCCGGAUGGCGGAGCUCGGUCUCCGUUGCUGAGGAUUCGAGACAGCGAUGAUGAGGAUAUGGCGGGGGGUCGAGCCGAAGACGCUGCCGAGAAUGUGGAAGACGAUGCGCCUUCCGACAGCGAAGAUGAGGCGGACACUGCCACUCUGCACGACACCAGCACUGCCUCUCCGUUGUUCCCUGCUCGUCCCAAAACGCUUGCUCCUCUACCUCUGGAAAAGGUGAAACGCCGUCAGAACAUCGCCGCACCCACGGUCCUUCCACCGAGUCUGAUUGGAUUCCUCCGCAAGAACGUCGGUAAGGACCUGUCCACGAUAUCCAUGCCCGUAUCAGCCAACGAACCCCUCUCACUGCUCCAACGCGCUGCAGAGAUUCUCGAAUACUCCACUCUUCUUGAUCAAGCAGCGCAGACCUCCGAUCCGGUGGAACGUCUCAUGUACGUGACAGCCUUUGCGAUCUCCUCGCUCUCAAGCAAUCGGGUCCGGGAACGAUCCAUCCGCAAACCCUUCAACCCUAUGCUUGGUGAAACCUAUGAGCUGGUCCGUGAGGACCAAGGGUUCCGCUUCAUCGCAGAAAAGGUCUCUCAUCGACCGGUCCAACUGGCCUACCAAGCCGACAGCCGCGAAUGGAGUCUCGCCCAGUCCCCCAUGCCCAGUCAAAAGUUCUGGGGCAAAUCUGCCGAGAUUACCACCGAAGGCCGCGUCCGGAUCACUUUGCAUUCUACCGGAGACCGAUUCAGCUGGGUCCCUGCCACCUCGUUCCUCCGUAACAUCAUUGCGGGCGAGAAGUAUGUCGAACCCGUCGGCGAGCUGGCCGUCACCAACGAGUCCACCGGUCAUCGAUCUAUCUCCACCUUCAAGUCUGGCGGCAUGUUCUCCGGGCGCAGCGAGGAAGUCACCACGCGUGCGGUGGAUUCAUACAACUCCCCAGUCUCGCUCGGCUUGGUAGGGACAUGGCCCGCCUCGCUCAGUCUCACCCGCGAUGGCAGUCCCUCGGGCAAACCAAUCUGGACCGCCGGUCCGCUGGUUCCAAACGCACCUAAGCAUUAUGGGUUGACUGCCUUUGCGGCUGCACUCAAUGAGAUCACCCCGAUUGAAGAAGGCCGCCUGCCAGCGACCGAUUCCCGACUCCGCCCCGACCAGCGUGCUCUGGAAGAAGGGGACCUCGAUCGUGCGGAGGAAGUGAAAGUGCAGUUGGAAGAGGCACAGCGUGCACGUCGGCGGGAGAUGGAAGCGGACGGUCAGGCAUGGACACCGAGGUGGUUCACGAGGGUGAGUGAAGACUCGGAUGGUGGGGAGAUUGUGUGGCGAUUGAAGGGUGGGAAAGAAGGGUAUUGGGAUGAGAGGGCGAAGGGAAGUUGGACUGGUGUUGUUCCAGUCUUUGAGGCGUGA